UCGCUCAUAGGUGUGUUCUUACAAGCUUCCCCGUUGAAAUUUCACGGUGGGAAAUAAUUUGCUGUUAAAUGCCAUUUUGUCUCUGUUUUGUAUUCACGAUGCUAUUCUUCCUGUGGUAUUUAGUUAGGUGGUAUUUCUGCAUCUGAACGACCUGCAGGCAAAUUUUCAGAGGAACUAGGACCUUUCGUUGCCUGCAGAGCAUGCUGCUAUCACGUUACUGUUACUCAAUAAUCAGUUGGCCUGGACGUCAUGUUGCGAAAACCUAAACAAAUUGUAAACUGUUGAACUUUGCCCCGCAUGUACUGCUUAUUUCUCUAUCAUGUUCUUAUUGCUGUCAGGAGAUUUAAUGAAAACAAACCUACGUUAAUAUAAGUGACUAAAAUGAUAGCGCAGGCGAGCUUAGCUUGGCCACUGUGUGUGAUGAUCAGCUUUGUAUUGCCGGCUCUUGUACUUGGGAUUUUUCAUCGGAGGCCAUGGAGCUUUCGGCCAACGAGCUCAGCAUCUAUGACAAGCUAUCGGAGACGAUUGAUCUAGUGAGGCAGACUGGCCACCAGUGUGGGAUGUCAGAAAAAGCCAUUGAGAAAUUUAUCAAGCAGCUCUUGGAAAGAAAUGAACCCCAAAGGGGACCUCCGCGGUACCCUAUCUUAGUAGCACUCUACAAGGGCCUGCUCACGCUGGGAUUGGUCUUGCUGACUGUUUACUUUGUGAUCCAGCCAUACAGCCCGCUGCCACCCGAAGCUCCGCUCUCCAGAGCCCAUGCCUGGGGCUCCCUCAUCGGUCACAUCCGGCUGCUCUCUCUGCCCAUUGCCAAGAAGUACAUGCUCGAGAAAUGCCAGGACUGGUGGGCAGCAGGUUGCAGACAGAACACCUCUACGCUUCCUGCAAACUGCACAGUCUGUUCUGCUGUGAAAAGCCUUCAGAUAGUGACAGACUUCGGAGAACUAUCAGAAAAGCUCCAGAGGUCUCAGCCUUUUCUAAUCAAGACAGGGCAGCAUCUCUCCUAUGAAGAACUGAAGCAUUUUCAGUCCCAGGAUCCAGACCUGGCAGAGGUUAUAAUAGAAGAAAAUUCAGCUGAAUUGUGGAGCUGCCCAUUUUUCUUUCCCUGGAACAAAUCUGUGAAUAAAACUUGGAUUCUGCAGGAAUUUUUCCCCUCUUCUUCUCUGCUGUCCUUCCCCAAAACAGUGUCCUUGGAGAGCUGCUUCCUCAUCCGCCAUCCAGAUUUGGGGAAUAAGAGCUACAGCCUGCACAGCCUCUUUGCUGUUGGAAGUGGACAGCUCACCCUGACUGUUGUACCUCUGGACACGUGCAGAGGACACUGUGAGAUGUUCAAGGUGGAGCUGGAAGCUGGAGACCUGGGUUAUGCCAGCGCAGAUUACUGGACGAUGAGCUUCAUGGCCAAAGGGACAGAGCCGGCGGUUGUUUGUGACGGAGCUGCUAGCUAAGAACAGUGAGGCGGGAAAACAGAGCUGUUUCCAGGACAAGAAGACUUUCAGCUUUGAAGCCAAGGCAAUGUCUUGAAAGCGAUAGAGCUGGGGCAACUGGGGCAGGCAGCUUUGCCACCCUGCAUGUUUACAGUGUUUAAAAAUGACUGUUUUCCUGACCCUCGAGGUAAUUCUUUGCCUUUCCUCAAAUGUAUUUUGGGAGAAGCUCAAGCUAUUUAUGACCUUCCCUGUCCCCUCAGGUAAGCCCUGGGUUUGCAGCAAAGGUUUUUUUUUUUUUUCCGUGAACAACAGAGGGAUUUCUCAGGAUGAGAUUCACCUUGUGUCCUUUGUGGAUUAUGGCACUUCUGAAACUUCCUGGGGGGGUCUGGGAGUGGAGGGGGUGUGUGACAUUGCUGUGUACGUUCCUCCUGAGGAGGAGGCUUUGAGCCUGUCUUGUCAGGCCAGCUCUAUAAAGGGAAUGAAUUGGUGACGUGUCCCAGCUCCACCCCGUCUCUCCAUCACGUACGUAGCUGUGUGCCUCAGUAGUGUACCCUGUAAAGCCCAUGUCGGCUCCGUGCUCCAGGGCUGAGAUGAGCCUUGAAGCUUCGGGGCAGAGACCCUCACCCACUGCGUUGUUCUUGUACCAAAAGAAUCUGUUCAGGCCUCUUCUUUGUGUCUUGUGGUCACUCUUCUGCGGUUCUCUAUCAGCAGGUUGUGAGUGAGUCAAAUAGUAGCUGUGCUGCUUCUUUUUUCCCCCCCUUCGCCUCCUUUCCUACAAAAAUCCUGAUGCAAGUUUUAGUGGGGAUGGUGCUGAGAGUGCAGUAGGUGGGGAUGUAGAUGGGGCUGGGUGCAGAGCAGCUCUGUACAAGUUUCACCUUCUGAUCGUGUACCUGAGACACGCCAGGGCUGCACCAUGUUCAUAUACUCCUUGCUUUGAGAGGUGCUGCCUGCGUUCCUGGCCCAGGGUACCUACGGGAGCACCCGAAAGUUUUCUCAUCCCUGGCAUUUUUUUUGCAUCGACUUCUUCCAGACCUGGAACUCUGUCUUCAGAACGAACAUUGGUUUUUCCUGAGUCCUUUCCAAGCUGCCUUCGCAUGCUUCCUGUUGCUUGAGCACUGCUUUAUCCAAUGCCCUGAGAGAGGCUCGGUUUCAGUGUUUGCAGGCCGCGGAUGCUGUGGUCCCUUCCAAGUCUGAUCCUUUGGGUCUGAUCCUGCUGUUGAAGAUCAUUUACAGAUGUGUGAGGCUGAACUCAUAGGCCAGGGCUGCGGUUCAGGACAUACUCUCACACUUGUUAAUAUGGAAUUGGGAGGGGUUUUGUUUGAAAGCAAGUUAACUCUGUUCUCACGAGUGAGAACCUUUUCCUCUGUAAAUAUUUUAGGUACGCGUAAAAUGAUAGAUUGGAAAAAUGUCUGUCCAGCCUUUGUUUUUGAAAAAGACCAGGAGAAUGGGAGCAAACGUGGUAUUAAUCUUAUUAGGGCCUGACAAAAGCUGCCAAGUGGGAUGACCACGUCUGGCUCCUGUACAAGCAUAAGGCAGAGGCCAGCUCCUGCUCCAAAGAAUUUAGUUUGAGGCCUUGACACUACAAACAUUUCUAUGCAUAACCCUUGUUUUUCUCCUGUAAACGAAUAAGAACAGCGGCAGCACCCAUGUCAGCCUGUGUGCAUGGCCCUCGACACUGGACAAACACGGACCAGAUUUAAUAGAACCAAAGGGAGAGAGUCUGACUCUCUUAGAAGAGAAAAGGACUGAUUUAAUUUGUAGCAAAAUAUUAAAGGGAAUGGGAUUAAUAAGGCUUCUGUUAGUAUUGUUAAUGCUUGGGGUGUGUUUUACACUUGUGACACUACCUGCAAUCUUGUACAUGCCAAGACACACACACAUACGCACACACCACCCCUCUCCCUCCUCUUAAAGCCUGGGGCUUAGUUCAUGGAAAUUUGGGAGUUUGGUGAUGGCAGAAUUAGGGCCUUGUUAGUGACUGUUGCUAUUUACACUUUGGCAGCUUCUCAAGUCAAAUUCAAAGGCUGACGGGGUUACUUCACCUCUUACUGGUUUUGUACCUGGUCCCUUUCUGCAGAGCGUUUGGUUGGAGAUGCGUGGGGAGAGAACCUGCUGGAGCCAUCAGUGCUGAGAUCGCAGGUGGUUUGGUGAUGCUCUUCCUUCUAAGUGUCCUUGAAUGUAACUUGUAAAAAAGCUGCGGAGACAAUUCUCAAGUGUCUGCGAAAUGCCUGUAUUUUGUGAGUCGCACUUAAGCCAUUGUGGCUGUCUGGCUCCUUUGGGAAGAAUUGGAGAAAAUGGAUCUAUUUACGGUUGCUGUUUAGAUUGGGGGGAAAGGGGCGGUUCUAGGGCAGGUUUGUGCCUAUUUAGCAAAAGUGCUCUCACGUAUUGCUUCUCCCCUCCGCAAAGAGUUGCAGCUGGUUGGACAGAAGAUGGUGAAUCUGGACUGUUUGCAGAUCAGCUUUCCAAGUGCACUUUAUGGUCUCUGCAUAAGUUUCCAGAUCUGUGUCUAGGCGAUACAUUGCAUAUGUCCCAACCUCACUCCCUUUGGAGUUUACAUCAUUUGUUUUUAAACUUCCAGUAUAUUUUCUCUUCCUCUUCCAAAAGCUGUAAGGAAUUAGCUGCUAAACUGAAACAGGAGGGCAAUUCUCCUGCUGAUAAAGAGCCGAUUUUGGCCCUGGCCGCUGUUGAGUGCGGAGCCCCGGUCUGUAGCAUGGCUUCUAGAGCAGCUCCUGUCUUCUGCUGCCAGAGAAGUAGUGCUAACGCCUUCCGCAUCGCAACGCGGGCAAGGAGCCGGGAUGGAAAACUCAGAGGUGAAGCCAAAGCGGCAAAACUCGGAUGGCCGAAAGGAGGUGUUGACACCUUGGCCAAAUGGCUGCAAGCGAGCCCUGGUCGUCUUCCUCAUCCAGGGCUCUGGCUUCACAGAGCCUUUGCAAUGGCCGCAGGAGGCUGUGGCUUCCCUAGAGUUCCUGGCAGCUCCUAGCGAUCUGCCGGGGCUGGACUGGGGGGAACGUGGCUGUUUUCUCAGCUAUCGAUGCAUUGCGGGACAGAUGUGAUCGGAUGAGUCACAGAGGGUGUGUGUCCCAUCAUGGUCUCCCUCACCUCUAGCUUCACUUUGACACUUGCGCGUAUCCAGGCUGGUUUGGACAAUCCCCCACUCCCCACCCUGCCCAGCUCAGAGGGGUGCCUGCUCGCUGCCUGCAUCCUAGCUUUUUAAAAAUCUGCUUGCGUGCUUCAGAGCUCUCUGCCUGGGAGCUGGGAGAUGGACUCCUACUCGCCCACCGUGCCGGAGGCUGCAAAGCAGCUCUGAAAUCACACCAGCGAGGCGCGGAAAUCGGUGCUACCGGAAAAGCCCCGUGGGCAGAGAUGCGGAGAGGGGUCAUUGCUCUCCUUGUCAGGCUGGAAAGAUGGGCUGUUGCCUGUCAGCUGGGCAGGAGGAUCGUGGUUUAAAGCUGGUUUCCAAAAGCAGGGGUCAUUGACCUGUUGCUCUCAGUCAGUCCUGAACUCAGGGUAACUGAAAGGGGGAGAAAGGAGUAUUAUUAUGUACUUCAGUACCAGGAAAUCAGCAUCCCCUACGGGAGCCAAGCUGCCAGUUUCUAUUGAUUCUUUUUUUUUUUUUCUUCUUCUUUCUGUGUUGUUUUUUUUCCCCUCUGCACUGGCAUUGCACACACAAAUUCCCCCAAGGCAGCUCUGCAGAUCCCAGCCUCAAACUCCCUUUGCGAAACCCCGGAGAGCUUUCUAGGGUCGGGUUUCCCGGGAAUUUGGGCCUUUAGCUUCUCCCGCUAGUCCUUUUGCCGUAAUGGUCUGGCAGAGAAACUGGUUUUACUGGGCUGGAUCAAAGCACCUCCCUUCUCUCGUGGCUGGCCUCCCCGGCUUUCUGGCAGCAAGCCUUGUCCACCCUUCCACGGCAAAUCCCACUCGCAGCGUGGGAACACCCGGAGCGAGAGGAGGUGAGGAGCAGGAGAGCAUCUUGUUAUUAAACAUACGAGCUCUGUGAACACCAGCUGCUCAGAAAGCUGUGAUCCUCCUGCCUUUAAACCCCUGUGUUCACACCGGGAAUGCUGCUCCGGGGAGGGACGUUGGCAGGGUCAGCCCAGUCCCAGGCUCGGUGGUCCAUGUUCAGCCCCGGGGAACCGAGCGCUUUCUGGGGUGAGGCCAGUUUCGGUGGGGACGCAAAAAGCUUUUGCUUCCUGUGAACCAAACUUUCUCCUCUUCGUAAAUUUUUUUUGUGUGUAGAACUCUAUAUUCUCCUCUUCAGGAAACUCCUCCUCGUAAAGGAUAGAUUUACUGUCCUGCUGAGCUUAAACAAGGGAGAUGCUGGACUUCCCCUUUGCUUUGGAGAUUCAGACAACUGACAGGUGAUUUAUUUUUAGCAUUAUCUCUUUGUCUACAGGGAGGGGAGGCAGGUUAUAAAGGCUCAGGGGUGCCAGGAGGUAAAGCUAUAUAUGCAUAAAGACUGUUUCAAUGCUGAACACUAUAAAUUCAGUGGUGGAUUAAAAAAAGAAAAAAAAAAAAAAAAGAAUGUAAAUAUGCACUUAAUGCAGAAUUUUACGGAUGGUCAUAAUUUAAUAUAUUGCAAACUUUGUAAAUACUUGGAAAAAGCCUGUAAAGUGUGUAAAUAAAUGAGAUUUGUAUGUAAGAAGAAUAAAAAAAAAAGUUUUUACUUUUUGCAAUUAAAUACAAGUGUUUAACGCA